CAGCGGAAGUGACGCAAUCGCGAGGCGCCGCGCAUGCGCGCAGCCGCCGGCAGACAUGGCGCCCACCAUCCAGACGCAGGCGCAGCGCGAUGAGCCGGGACACCGGCCGAGCUCGCACCGGACCCUCCCCGAGAGGUCCGGGAUCGUUUGCCGGGUCAAGUUCUGCAACAGCCUCCCGGACAUCCCCUUCGACCCCAAGUUCAUCACGUACCCCUUCGACCAGAGCAGGUUUGUCCAGUACAAAGCCACGUCCCUGGAGAAGCAGCACAAGCACGACCUGCUGACCGAGCCGGACCUGGGGGUGACCAUCGACCUGAUCAACCCGGAUACUUACAGGAUUGACCCUGGGGUGCUGCUGGACCCCGCUGACGAGAAGCUGCUGGAGGAGGAGAUCCAGGCCCCCACCAGCUCCAAGAGGUCGCAGCAGCACGCCAAGGUGGUGCCCUGGAUGCGCAAGACCGAGUACAUCAGCACCGAGUUCAACCGCUACGGGGUGUCCAACGAGAAACCCGAGGUCAAGAUUGGGGUGUCAGUAAAACAACAGUUCACAGAAGAAGAGAUCUACAAGGACAGGGACAGCCAGAUCAGCGCCAUCGAGAAAACCUUCGAGGACGCGCAGAAGGCGAUCACCCAGCACUACAGCAAGCCCCGGGUGACCCCCCUGGAGGUGAUGCCCGUGUUCCCCGACUUCAAGAUGUGGAUCAACCCCUGUGCCCAGGUGAUCUUUGACUCGGACCCGGCUCCCAAGGACACCUCGGGGUUGGCGGCGCUGGAGAUGAUGUCCCAGGCCAUGAUCAGGGGGAUGAUGGACGAGGAGGGGAACCAGUUUGUGGCGUAUUUCCUGCCCGUGGAGGAGACGCUGAGGAAAAGGAAACGGGACCAGGAGGAGGACGUGGACUACGCCCCCGAGGACGUGUACGAUUACAAGAUCGCCCGCGAGUACAACUGGAACGUGAAGAACAAGGCGAGCAAAGGCUACGAGGAGAAUUAUUUCUUCAUCUUCCGCGAGGGCGACGGCGUCUACUACAAUGAACUGGAGACCCGGUGGGGAACUGGGAGGGAC